CUGGCCGAUCAAGCGAAAACUGGAAGCUUUUUUCGUCCAGCAUGAAGGGUACUUAUCGGAAUUAAAUCGAUAUAUUCUGUCAAAGACAGGACUGCUCGAUAGGUUUCGAAAGAGAGGGGCGCUUUAGUUUAAUAAAGUUUUCUCUGUCCGUUGAAUACUUUUACAGUUCGAACCUGUGAACUUCGCGCUACUAACGUGUCGCAAGUAAUUGGCCUAUUAAUUUAUACAGAUUUGCAGCAUACUACGUUUCGUAAAUAUUUUGGAAAAUAGAUUUAGAUGAUUUUCAAGGUAUUUUUCUUCCAUUGCGUGAUAUGGGGGCUCGCUCAGUCUUCCGACAAUGAUACCUACAGAUUGCCAACAAAUGUUAUCCCAGAACAUUAUAGGCUCAAUAUUAUCACGAAUUUUGAUGACGCUUUCAAGUUCAAUGGCCAUGUUGAAAUUGAGACCAAAUGCGUCUCUACCACAAGUCAGGUUAACCUGCACGUUAAGAACUUGACCAUUGACGAACAUGAUAUAUCUAUCAAAGAUACAACGAAAAAUUCGCCAGUGGAACUAGGAAGUUUAGAACACGAUGACGAGAAGGAAUGGAUGAUAAUACAUACUAAAACCCCCCUGGAAGAGGGCCACCAAUAUCUAAUCAGCAUAAAAUUCGAGGGUAAGCUCAGCAAUAGUCUUAGCGGAUAUUACAAAAGUCAUUACGAGACGAAGAAUGGAGAAAAAAGAUGGUUGUCAGUGACACAGUUCGAACCUACUCACGCCAGGAAAGCUUUUCCUUGCUUCGAUGAGCCUUUAAUGAAGGCCACCUUCAAGAUCAGUCUAGGAAGGAAAGAUGGAUAUACAGCAUUAAGCAAUAUGCCUAUUGAGGAGACCAAACCAAUUGUUGGAAUGCCCGGGUGGUACUGGGAUAUAUUCGAAAAAUCAGUUCCCAUGUCAACGUAUCUGGUAGCCUUCAUUGUUUCUGAUUUUGGUUAUGUAAAAUCACCGUUGAAGAAUCUUGGAAAUAAUGUUACCUUCAAUAUCUGGGCUAGAAAAGAUGCCUUAGGUCAGGUGGAUUUCGCCAACAGCGUUGGACCCAGAGCCCUGGCUUUCUACGAAGAAUUCUACGACCUUCCUUACCCUCUCCCGAAACAGGAUAUGAUCGCUAUUCCAGACUUCAGCGCAGGAGCCAUGGAAAAUUGGGGUCUCAUCACUUACAGGGAAACGGCCCUUCUCUACGACAAGGACAGCUCGACUACGCAGAGCCGGCAUAGGGUCGCCAGCGUCAUCGCCCACGAACUGGCCCACCAAUGGUUUGGAAAUUUGGUCACGAUGAAGUGGUGGACGGAUCUUUGGCUGAACGAGGGAUUCGCCACCUAUAUGGCAGCGCUGGCGGUUGACCACUUGUAUCCCGAGUGGAACUCCCUGGAAGAGAGCAUAGUCGAUGGGGCUGUCAGCGUGUUUUACAUAGAUGCUCUGAAGUCAUCGCAUCCAGUUUCUGUUCACAUUGACAAUCCCGAUCUCAUAUCCGAAAUAUUCGAUACUGUUUCCUAUGAGAAAGGCUCUUUCCUCAUCCGCAUGAUGGGUCUUUUCCUAGGCGAGGAGUCUUUGAAAGAAGGAGUCAAUAGUUUUUUGCUAGAGCAUAAAUUCGGCAACGCAGAACAAAAUGACUUAUGGAAAAGCCUGACGACAGCCGCCCAUAGAAAUAAGGCAUUGUCACCCGAUAUGACAGUUAAUACUGUGAUGGAUUCCUGGACCCUACAAACUGGAUAUCCAGUUGUAACUGUGACUAGAAAUUAUGCAGAUGGUACAGCAGUGUUGACGCAGGAGAGAUUCUUCAGAGAUACCAUAAGAGCUAGGAAUGCAUCUGCAGAAACCUGUUGGUGGAUUCCGGUAAGCUACACAACUGAAAAAGAACUGGACGUCAAUACAACAACUCCGAAAACAUGGAUGACAUGUCCCCUCAAAGAAAUCACUAUUUCUGGUCUACCCUCAGACAGUUGGCUCCUAUUGAAUUUGCAACUAGCAUCUCUAUAUAAAAUAAACUAUGAUGAACAAAAUUGGAAUCUUCUAUCUGCCACAUUGAAGAGUGGGGACUAUACGAAAAUUCCCAUACUCAAUAGAGUUCAGAUCAUUGAUGAUGCCUCUGAAUUCGCUUGGGUCGGACUCAUAAAGUACCAACUACUCUUCGAUAUUCUGGGAUAUCUGAAAAAUGAAACAGAGUAUUCUCCUUGGAUGACUGCAGUGGAAAACCUUAAUGUUCUGGACAUACAAACAAUGCAAAAUCCAUCACAUAGUCUUUUCAAGAAAUAUAUGAGACAUCUUCUCCAACCUCAAUUCGAGAAAUUUGGCAUGAAAAUUACUACAGAGAGCGAAAGACUGGAUACAGUAAGUCAUCAAGAAAUGAUCAUCAGAAAAUCUUGCAUGUAUGGCAAUAAGAAAUGUCUACAAGAGGCCAGGAAUCUGUUUUCUCAAUACCAAAAUAGUUCGGAAACUGAAAACCAAAUUCCAAAGGACCUGCGAAGAUUGGUAUACUGUUAUGGAGUUAAAGAGGGAGGUGAGAAAGAAUGGAAUUUCCUGUGGAACCAAUACAGAAAGGCGAACCUAGCGAGCGAAAAGAACCUUAUGAUGAGAGGGCUAGGAUGCACCAGAAACACUUCUUUACUGAAAAGUUACUUAGAAAUGACGAUUCAAGAGAAUUCUGGCAUUAAAAGGCAGGAUGCUUCCACGGUCUUCGUUGCAGUCCUCACCAACCGAGAUGGUUUCGAAAUCGCUAAGGAUUUCUUGUACAAGAAGUUCCCAGCCAUUUACGAAUAUAAUGAAGAUGAUGUGAAUGUAUUCAAUAGAUAUAUCAAGCCACUAGGGAAAUACAUGACUAAGCCAGAGGAUUACGAACAGUACAAGAACUUCCUGGCCACAAACGAAGAGAAGCUCACAGAGAUUAACCAAAGUAUUAAACAAUCUGUUGAAACAGUGGAACUAAACAUGCAGUGGCAAGGAAAAUACCAAGGUGAAAUCAAGAAGAUAUUGGAAAAAUUAACUGCAAGUUAUGAAGAUUAGUAUCGCGAACUAAUUUAUAUCAAUCUCAAAUCAUGUCUAAUUCGUGGAUAAAAUCGAUAUGAGACAAGAAGAAUUACUAUAUUUUGAGGAAGAAUUCAUUAGUGUUGUGUGGCUAUUUCGAUUUAAUGUAUCUAGCAAGUGAUUAUUAGUAUAACCGUCCAUUAGGAUAACAGUGAUAAAUGUAUUGAAUUUCUUUUCGAAUACGAAUCGGAAUAAAAGUAUUUUAAACCGUA